AUGCAGCACCUGGUGCAGGUGGCCAGGAGCUUGGGGCACAAGUUCGAGCAGGCGGGCAGCACCGCGUUCGAAGACAAGAAGCUCGUCUCGCUGGAAGAGGUGACCCAGGUGCCCACUGUGCAAGGGCAGGCCUUCCUGCGGGCGAUCGAAAGAGCGUUGGCGUCACACAGGGGCCUCCACGGCGACGGCGACUACCAGCAGGACGAGUUCGGCUGCUGCUUCGCCCUGCGGUACUCCUCCGCCCUCUUUGCGGAGAAGGCCAAGGAGAAGGACAGGAAGGAGGCAGCGGUCCAGGAGUACGACGCCAGGCCUGCGACUCUGUGCCAGCUCCGCGGCGAGGAGAGCGGGACCCUGGCCCGCCGCCACCACAGGCAAGGUCGCAGCCCCGCCGACUUGCUGCGAGCUGCCGAGUUGCUGGCAGAGUUCGACGGCGAGGUCGACUUCCUGCACGCCGCCGCGGCGGAGCCCGCCCCUGGGACAGGUGGAUUCAGCCCACCGAUGUCGCAGUCCCAGGGGAGCGGCGAGUUCGGGAAGUUGCACGACGCGGAGGUGCGCGGGCCUGCCGUGUCAGCGGCUGGCAACAUGCAGAUGCCCGUCGCGGAGGCUGACGUUGGCGUCGGCGAGGCGCAGGCCGCGGCGGCUGACGGCGGCCCCCUCCUCGCCACGGCGGCGGCCCUGGCAGCAGUGGCGGCAGCGGCUGCUUCCUGCUCGCGGCCGUCGCCCGCGAGGCCCGCGGAGGUGCUGCGCCGAGCACCCCAGCGCAGGGUGCAGGAGCAGUCGAGGCGCCGCGAGGCCUCGGUGGCGGCUGAUGCGGCCCGCCCAGCGGGAGUGAGGGUGGUCUACGGCCACCUCAUGCGGGGGUCGCGCGUCGAGGGCAACGGCUCCGAGCCCCCCCUGGAUCCGUUCGCGCCGCUGGCCCCGCCGAAGGAGAGCACGCGCCUGUGCUGGGCGACGGCGCUCCGGGCCAGGCUGGGCCACGGGGCGGAGGAGCAGGCGCUCGCGGCGGCGCCCGCGCCAUCGCAGCGGCAGCCUGCGGCCGCCCCGCCCCCGCCACCUGCGGCUGGCGAUGGGGGCCAGGCGGCAGCGCCGCCGCGCGCCGCGGCGCCGCGGCGCCUGGUCGCGGCGGCCCCGCGGGCGGAGGCCGAAGAGCCGCGGCAGGCCCGCCCUGGGCUCGAGGGCGUCCUCGGCGCCCGCGGCUUCCCAGUUGCUGCGGCGGCCCGCGGGCGCGAGAGAGCCGCGGGGUCGGCGGCCGCCCGCGCGCGCCGCGCGGCGGGGCUCGCCGUGCGCUGA